GGGUAUUGCGAGUCAAGGAUUGACGUCGAACAUGAUCUUCUAUCUAAUGGAAGUUUAUCACAUGGAAGUUGCAACCGGAGCCAUCAUACUCUCCAUCUGGAACUCGCUUUCGAGUGGUCUCUCCAUUGUUGGGGGUUUCAUAUCCGACUCUUAUUUGAGUCGGUUUCGGGUCAUUGCAACCGGGUCUCUGUUUAGUCUUGUUGGGGUGGCAUUUCUCUGGUUGACAUCCAUUGUUCCACAACUAACACCUUCAUCUUGCCAAGAACCGGACACGGGUUGCAACCCGCCAACACGAACCCAACUCGGUUUCCUCUACGCAUCUUUUGGUCUAAUGUCGAUCGGGUCAGCCUGCAUUGGACCUUGUUCCAUAGCCUUUGGUGCAGACCAGCUCAAACACCAUAACAACCAGAGGCUCAUCGAUAGCUACUUUAACUUUUACUAUGUUUCGACGACGAUUUCCAGUGGUAUUGCUUCUACUGUUGUGGUCUACAUUCAAGAGCCCAUUAUAUUUUCGGGUUUGAUUCAAGUCUUAAUCGUCGCGUUUAGGAACCGUAAGAUCCAUCUUCUUCCCGAUGACUGCUAUAAUCAUAGCAAUAGCAAUGAAAUGGAUCGAGUUGAGCUGACCUGACCGACAG